UAUCGCAUCAACAUCGAUUUUCGUUCCAGCUCUAAUUAUUAUAUUUAUCUUGAUUUUUACCAAUUUCGAGGCAAAAAAGGAAUCCUACGAGGUUUCCGAAGCCAAAAAAAGCUUACAUCAGCUCCAGAUAAAAAGAGACGACAUGUCCCAAGGAGGCAGUGCCACACCAGCGGGCGGUAAUCCCACGGCGCUCCAAGCAACCGGAGGGGGCGUGGUCUUCAGCAAGGUCUUCAUCCAACGGGACUACAGCGAGGGAACCUCCGUAAAGUUCCACACGCGACUGCCCGCCGAGCUGGAGGGCAUGAUCGAAAGACACGUCUUCGAGGCCACCAUCAACAGGCUAAAUGAAUUUUACGCCGAGGCGGAGGAGGGAUCCUGUGGCACCUAUUGCGAAGGGUGCAUCGGCUGCAUCACGGCCUACUUGAUCUACAUGUGCUCCGAAACGCACUACGAAAAGACCCUUCGCAAGAUUUCCAAAUUUGUGGCUUCCCAAAACGAACGCAUUUACAACGCCAAGGGCCUGCAGCUGAUCGAUCCGACUUAUCGGGGCCUCCGCGUCAUAGAGAUUACAAUAUUCGAUCGUCCGGGGCGAACGUGACUUCCGAUUUCUCAUUCAGCCAACGAGUUUUUCAUGUGAGAUCCAGCAGCCACAAUCGCAUCAACAGGAGGGUAAAGGAGAAGCAGUCCGUUUCAGCAAUUAUCAAGCAAAAGUCAGCGCCAUUGUGUGUGUUUCCAAAAUCAAUACAAAGCUGUGUAAUCAGCUAAAGCUUUAUAACCUAUAACCAUAUGUCUUGGCAGAGCAGCGGCCAGAGCGUCUUUGGGGCAUGCGACUUAGUCACGGGUGUGCUGGGAGUCCGCCUCCGCUGCAGCCACAUACGAUAUGCUAGAUUAGCCGUUAAUGAUUAGCCAAGGCAGAGUACGGCCAGUUAGUUAGUAUUUAUGCGUUAGCAGGCAUAGUCAUGUAAGUGAAAAGCUACCGAAACUGCAUUUUGAGCCGAAGCAAGCAUCAACAUAUAUACACAUUCGCAUAUGUUAUCAUUGUUCUACCUAUCAGACCGAAAGGCCAGCGAGAAUUGAUUGUUUUGUAAUUUAAAGAAAGAAUGAAUAUUGUAUACAUCUUGUUUGUAGUAGUUACUAACAAUUCGAUUGUCUAAGGUUUUACUUUUAAUGGCAUUACCAUACAUUUUAUACAUAGUUCAAGCUUAAUCAGACAAAGCAUACGCAUAACGUUUUCUAUACAAAACUCUUUACGAUUUCAAACAGCGCCAAAUGAACUUACACAUAAACGAAAUGGAGAAUUGUUCGAUUUUUAAUAUAAAUGAGCAAGAUUAACAUAGUUAUAUAUCUUAUAAGAAAAAAAUAUAUAUUGCCGUCAUAUAUAAACGUG